AUGAGUACAAUCACAACCACAACCACAACCACAACUCCAUCAAAAUUUUUUCAUAUAACAGCAUUUAAUAGUUCGCCUAUAUCAACAACUACACCUGGUAGUAGUUCUCCUACAGCAACAACAACGAUUCUAGCCUCGACCACAAAAUUUGUUAGAUUUGCUACUAUAAUUGACGAUGUAAAUCAUGACGCCGAUGAUUCCGGAAGCAUAACCAGUUCAACUUGCAGCUCAAUUGAUGGUGAUGAUUUUGAUGUAGAGGGCGAUGAAUUCUUCUUUCCAAAUAGCGAUUUCGUUGUGCCAUCAAAAAUAUCAUAA